AUCCGCCUCGGUAAAUAACUUGGGUUACCUUGCCGUACCAAUCCUGACCUUCACACACGCAGUCCGUUUUGUUCUUCCAAAUAUCUCAGACCUUCAACCGGACGUCCGGAUACAACAGUCGAUCAGGAAACCGAAACAAAGAAAAGAAACAAAGGGGAAAUGCGCCGUGUCCCUGUGAAGAAGAGGGCCAAUGCCACGCGUCUCGUUCAGAGCCAAGGCCUAGUCUUUGCCGACCUCGUUGCGCCUGGUGCCUCGGAGCCCUACUGGCCGGAUGACCGAUACUACUCGUUUACUCUUGAAGAAAUCACACUUCUCGAGACUGCCGCCAAGGAUGUCUUCGCAAUGUGCUGCGAGGCGACUGACUACCUCGUCGAGCACCCUGAUAUCGUCAUCAAGAAAAUGGCUGUCCCCGCCUUCGCGCUCAAGCAGAUCAAGGAGUCAUGGGACCGCGAGCCGACCUGGGGCAGCAUCUACGGACGCUACGACAUAUGUUUCGGCGGUUUCAAUCAUUCAGACCCGAGGCUGCGCGUACCGAAGUUCUACGAAUUCAACGCAGAUACGCCAACGUCACUUGUCGAGGCUGCCUCCAUCCAAUGGCUGUGGCUGGAACAGACUGGCCACGGCAACGAUCAGUUCAACAGCAUUACCGAGAAUUUGAUUGAAGGGUGGAAGCGCAAUCUCACCAUUGUUGAAAAGGAGCUAGGCCAUAAGCCUACCGUUCACUUCGCUGUCGGCGAGGGGGAGUCCACAGGCGAAGACGCAAUGAAUGCUAUGCUCCUGAUGGAUACGUGCCAACAGGCAGGCUGGGCCACCAAAGUCCUGACCGUGGAGGAGAUCUCUCUAUCUACAAAAGAGGAUCGCUUCUACGACGCGCAGGGCAAUCAUAUCGACGUCAUUUUCAAGCUCUAUCCGUGGGAGUUUAUGAUCAACCAACCUUUCGCCGAAGCUUGCUUCAGGGACAUGAAUAACAUCGGCAAGCGCGACAAGGAUGACAACUAUAUUGGUGGAACGAUAUGGAUUGAGCCUCCGUACAAGCUGCUGUGGAGCAACAAGACGCUUUUUGCCAUCCUCUGGGAACUAUUCAAGGACGACCCGCGGUCCAAGUGGUUAAUCCCGACUUACUUUGACAACGAAGUGCCUGAGUCUCUGACCAGCUUUGCGCGAAAGCCGAUCUUUGCGCGUGAGGGCGCUGAUGUGGUGCUGAAGAAGGAUGGCAACUUGAUCCAGGAUGCAUCUACUGGAUGGUACGGAGCAGAAGGAUACGUCGUUCAAGAGCUUGCAUUAUUGCCAGACUUCAAAGACCUGCAGAACAAGUCACAUUACCCCGUCCUAGGGCUAUGGAUGGUGGACGGCGAUCCGGUGGGAAUGGGCAUCCGUGAGGACGAGACGCCAGUAACUACAAACGCCUCGGUCUUUAUUCCACAUUCCAUCGAGAACGGGCCCGUCAGUUACCAACGGCAUCAGGCUCCUGAUGAUGAAAUGAUCGAGCAUAUUUUCAGAGUCGAUGCGCUCCAUGACCAGCUUGAAGGAGAGGUAGAAAAUGAGCUGAUAAGCUACAUCAAGAAAGUUGUACUCUAACAGGUUUAUGUUCUUAAGCGAGGCAAUGAGGGGCGAUUUGGCGAUUUGUCGAUAGGUUUGAGAAAAAGAAAAUGCAUACUCAGUCAUAUAAAUCGGUAAAUAGAUCCGACGGC